CAUCGAAGUCAGUUUGACCACCAAUUCGCCCUGCAUCAUGGCCGCGAGAGUGCUCCUGCAGCGGCGCUCCUUUGCGCCGCUGGCCGCAGCCGCCCUGGGCGGAAUUGCUUUUUCGCCGGCGGUGGUCUUUGCUGAGGCUCCCAAGAGAAAGCCAAUUUACGAUGAAGUCGAGUUCCACUCUCCGCUGCCCGUAGCACCCUCACCACCGGCCGUUCUCCCCAGCCAGCCCAUCAACGACAAUGCCGACGAAGAGCCAGCGUCCCGAGUCCCUACUCCCACCGACCGACUGGCCGUCCAGAUUGGACGCGCGCGCCUGUUCCUCUACGACGUUGCCGUGGCCGCCGAGAACAAGGUCAACCAGACCAUGGAUUCGGCCUUUGACCUGGAGCAGUCCUUCACCCGCACAAUCGCCUCCCUGGCGCCCCCGCGAGAGAGCGGCGAGAAGCUCAUGCCUGGCGGAAUCUACGUCCUGGUCGCUGCCAUGGCAGGCAGCAUCCUGACCAGGAACCGAAGCAUCGUCCUGCGCGCCACCCUCCCCUUCGCCCUCGGCGUCGGUGCCAGCUGGACGGUACUCCCCAUUACCAUGCGCAACGUGUCCGACUUGGCGUGGAAGUACGAGCAGAAAUUCCCCGCCGUGGCCGAGUCUCACAUCAAGCUGCGCGAGGGCAUCCAGAGGGGAAUUCAUUUUGCAAAGGUUCACAGGGAAGUGGGUGUACAGUACGUCGACGACAAGGUCACCAACGUUCGUGAGGCGGUUGAGAACUGGGUUGCGCAGGGAAAGUAAAGCGGGGGGAAAACAUGUGUUAAUUUUAAAAAAGCGAUUGUACCAUCACAUAGAGAUUUUUUUUGUAACCUGUUCUACAUCUCAUUUUGUUCAUAUGAGAGCUUCAAAAAUGGGUCGAGACGAGGCAGAAAAUACAAAAGAGGGGCCGUGGGCUGCAUAAAAUACAUGAGAGAUAGUAAACAGACACACAUAUCAGAAGUAUUCAGAUCUGGUUCA